UAAACGUAUUCUUUUCUUUAUUUCAUAUUAAAUACAAGGCAGUAUAAUACAUAAUUUAAUCUAGUGAAACACUUUAUUUUUACUACAAUUUAUAGUAUAUACAGAAGAAAUAAAGUUCAAAUUUUAAGGUUGAAAUUUUUUAUACAAUGAUUUAAAAAUAAAAAAGCUUGAUUAAUGAGAUGACAUAUAAUAUGUGAAUAUUUAUUCAUAAACGUCAUGUCUAUCUGCUACGUAACGUACUAUAUCUGCGGGUCGUAAAAGUUUUUCUGCAUCCAUAUCUGGUAUUUCAAAGCCAAAUUCAUCUUCUAUGGCCAUUAUAACUUCUAUAUGAUCUAAAGAGUCCAAACCCAGAUCAUCAAUAAAAUGAGAAUCCAAAGAUACCUUCUGAGGAUCAAUUUUAUCAUACAGAUUGAGUACCAAAAAUAUACGCUUGCGAAUAAGAUCAAGUGACAUUGGCUCAGCAAUACUGUAUUGACGCACCUGCUUGACUCGUGUGCCCUGUGGUACAAGUGUGACAAUACUUUGUCUUUUGCAGUGAAAAUAUCGUUCGUUUGAUUGAAGUUGUGUAACAACACUUCGUAAACAUGUUCGACUGAUCGGAUUUCUAAAUUUACCGGUAUUUCUUAUUAAAAUACGAACUCCCGCGAGAGACGCCAUUUUCUCUGCAAUGAAAAAUCUUCCGAGAGUACGUAACCUAGUUCGGUUCGUAUCGUCGUUAUUACUUACACGAAUUCACAUGAAUUAGAAAUUGUAGCGACAUCUAUCUAUGAUAUAUAUAUUUAUUGUAAAAUAAAAAUAAUUAAUUCGCAUACUUUAAGCAGUGUCAAAAUCUUUUAACGUGUUAUCAAUCACAAUUACAAAAGAUAUUAUCUUAAAAAUAUUACAACUGCUUCGUUACAAACUUUAUAUAUAAUUAUAUAUACAUCAAAGUAAUAUUAUUGUACAAUCGUACAUCUCAUUUAAUUUGUAUAACGUAUGAGAGAUACUAAAAAGCUUUUUCAAAAGGCAAGAAAUCUUUUUGCAAAACAAAAAUAUUGAAUGCAUAGUGACAUUUGAAGUUGAUAGUAUGGCAAAAUCACAGUAAUUGACGCAGUUUGCCGAUUCGUAGUGAAGUUCAUAUUAGUGUUUAUCUUUGGCAAGUAUUUUUUUUACUGCUGGCAGCGAAUUUUGCUAGUGUCUUGGAUAAACUGCUUGAAUUCGUAUCGUUAGUGCCAUAUGUACUGGAAGAACGGUGGUCAAUAUGUGGGUGAAGCCACAAGAAGUUUUAUUGGCAAACGCUCUUUGGGUAACAGAACAAGCAACUGUAUAUUUUGUUUUACAACGCCGUAAAGGACAUGGAAAGGCAAAAGGCAUUACUUCUAUAUUGGUAGGAACAUUGGAUAGUGUUUUUGACACUAAACCUCCACCAUUUAGAAUAUUACAUCAAACACCAUCAUCAGAAGUUUAUUGGGCGGUUGCAUGUUCCUUAACACAUGAAGAAAUUUUACAAGAUUGGGAAUGGCUUCAUUCCAAUUUGAUGGAUACUUUAACAUCAUUUGACACCGAAGAAGAAAUAACUGAGUUUGUUUGUUGUAAAAUACAAUCCAUUAUUGCAAACAGUGUACUAAACUUUAUGUUGUCCAUAGAAGAGGAUCCAGAGUCAUUUAAAACUGUGUCUUUUAAAUUUCAUCAACUUUUCAAUAUAUCAAAAGAGGAUAAAUUGGUCAAUUAUUAUUCAUGCAGUUACUGGAAAUCUCGCUUGCCUAGACAAGGAUGGCUAUACUUAUCAAUAAAUCAUAUGUGUUUUUAUGCUUAUAUUUUGGCAAGAGAAACGAAAUUAAUUAUAAGAUGGGCAGACAUUACUGAAUUAAGUAAAACUAAUUCCAUCUUAUUUCCAGAUAGUAUACGUGUUGUAACUAGAGACAAUAAAGAGCAAAAAUGUACCUAAAAAGCCAUCUUUCUUAAAAAGGGAUCUUGAUGCAAGAGCACAUUCUGAAGCUUACAGAUUACAAUUCAGACUGCCAGGAAGCGAAAAAUUAGACGGUAGUAUUGAUGCAACAUUAUGGACACCAUACAACAAAAGAUAUGUCUGGGGAAAAAUAUUUCUCUCCCAAAAUUAUCUUUGUUUUGAAAGCAGGGUAAGAGGACUAGUAAGUUUAGUUAUACCAUUAAGAGAAGUAAGGCUUAUUGAGCCUGCUGAAAAUCAGUCACCCAGUACAGGAAUAGACAAAUCUAUCCUAGUGACAACUGCUCGCUCGUCAUUUUUAUUCGCCCAAAUUCACGAUCGAGAUUUUGUUGUUCAAAAAAUAUCUGAAUUAUUAGCGAAAUCUAAAAUGUCAAAUUUAAGCGUGGAUCAUGUACUUUCUCAAAAUAGUUUAUCUAAUAACAGUGAGAAAACUAAAAUUGUUAAUGAUUGGAAGCCACAACCACCAUUAAUGACUUUAUUUAAAGCUCCAUUAAGUAGUGAAGCAGCAUUGAAACAAGAAGCUAAAGAAAAACAAUGGGAACUUCAUUUUGCAGAAUAUGGCAGAGGUAUUACAAUGUAUAGAACAACAGAAACAGCAAAACUUAUAAUUCAGGGUAUACCACAGUCUCUUAGAGGAGAAGUUUGGCUUACUUUUUCAGGUGCAUUGAACGAAAUGGUAAUGAAUCCAGGACUUUAUAAAUCCUUAGUUGACCAAUCAUUAGGUAAAUCCUGUCAAGCAAAUGAAGAAAUAGAACGAGAUUUACAUCGAUCUCUACCGGAACAUCCAGCAUUUCAGUCCGAUACUGGUAUCAGUGCUUUAAGGAGAGUUCUUUCCGCAUAUGCUUGGAAAAAUCCUCAAAUUGGUUAUUGUCAGGCCAUGAAUAUAGUAGCUUCGGUUUUAUUGAUCUAUUGUUCAGAAGAAUCUGCAUUCUGGCAGUUAUGUAAUGUAUGUGAAUCGUUAUUACCUGAUUAUUAUGACAGAAGAGUGGUCGGUGCUCUUGUUGACCAAGGUCUUUUAGAAGAACUAGCUGCAGAACAUUUACCAACUUUACAUGCUAGAUUGCAGGAACUUGGUCUCAUUAAAGUUAUAUCACUUUCAUGGUUCUUAACUAUAUUUUUAAGUGUCAUGCCAACUAGCAGCGCAGUAAAUAUAAUGGAUUGCUUUUUCUAUGAUGGAGCAAAAGUAAUUUUCCAGAUAGCAUUGACAGUGCUGGAGUGGAAUCAAGAUAAAUUGUUAAAUUGCCGUGAUGAUGGUGAAGCAAUGCAGUUAUUAACAGAUUACCUUGGAGGUGUAUACAAUGAUGAAGGACUUAUACUUCCUAGACCAGUUGAUAAUGCUGCUCCUAAUAGAAGUAUAUCUGUUCAAACUUUAAUAUAUGAAGCGUAUUCAAGAUAUGGAUCUUUAACUAUUGGUGGUAUAGAAAGACUUCGUUUAAAACACAGGCUCAGAGUAGUGCAAAGUUUAGAAGAUGGAAUUGAGAAAAAUGUAAUUAGAAGUGUUAUUGUUGAUAAAUAUAUGACAAUGGAAGAAUUACAGGAUCUAUUAAGUUUAGUAAGGGAAGAAUUAAUGAGUCAACGAAAAUCUGAACCUGAUCGUUAUGAUCCAACGCAGCCACCUUACGAGGCAUAUAAAGUAGAUUUUGAAUUGUUUAGAAUAUUAUUUGGUGGCUUAUCUCCAUGGGGAAAAUGCAGUCAAGCUGAAUCUCUCGCCGCUCGAUUAUUUCGUUUAAUGGAUCGUAAUCGUGAUGGAUUACUGAACUUUCGAGAAUUAGUACAAGCAAUUGGUAUGACAGCAACUGCAGAUUUAACACAAAGAUUGAAACUUUUAUAUACUCUACACUUACCGCCACUACUUACACCUGUUGAUUUUGAAUCGCCAACACAUUCUGAUGGUGCUGAAGUAGCAGCAGAAGCUACAGACUUUUUUGAUAGUAUGGAACAAAGCGUUGCUUCUUUAGAAAUGCCAAUUAGUGUAGGAGAAGAACCAAGUAUUGGCACUCUAUCUCGAUCGACAAGUUUGACCAGCCAACAAGGAGAUCAAUCAUGGGAGGUUCAAAGUAUGGGUAGCUUACGUUCCAUGAUAGCAUCUAAAGAUAGUCCAUUAGAUCUUAAAACUGUGCCAAAAAUGUCACAAGGACAUUUCAUUGUAUUAUGGAAAACUCUUUAUGACAUGUUCCCUGCACAACCAGAAGAACAAGAAACUUAUCAUUGUAUAGCUUCAAUAGGUACACUUUUAUUCCAAUUAGGCGAUGUUAGUAAAAAAUUUUACGUCGGUCGAGAUGAGUCUGAAGACAGUUUACUUUUAGCUGCUAUUGCUGCUCAACAAACACCUUCAGCUGCAGAACGGUCACAUGAUCGCAAUGGAAAUCCAUCGAAUGUAGUUGCGUCUACUGGUCCAGAUUGGUCAAUAAGUGUCGAACAAUUCUUGGCAUCUGCCUUAACAGGUCAAGCUAUAGUUGACUUUUUUAGUAAAAGAGUAGAUCUUAUUGAAGCGAUUACAACUCUUAAAAAUCGUAGAUUCAAUCGCGUUCAUUCCUUAUCAGACACUCCUGUGUUAAACGUUUGAUAUACAGGCUUAAUUGUGUAUAAAAAUAGUGUAAGAUAUAUAUGAAAUUUAUAAAGUCAUAGAUUGUCUUGAAUGAUUGACCAGUAAUUUCAUUUCCUAAUGAAAUUUCUACAUUUAUUGCAAUUAGACAAAUAAAUCUUAGUUAAAAAAGAUGAGUUUGUAAUCCAAAAAAGACAUUUUUGUAAGAAAAUAGUAAUUAAUUUUAAAAAAUUGAAAAAAAAUUAAAGUAUGUUCCAACGUAUUAAUUCAAGUUAUUAAAUCAUUAAUUUAAAUUUUACAUAAUACUAUUCUAUUUUUUAUUAUUAUCAAAAUAGAUAUCAAAAAUAUUUAAUUCUCUAAACUCUUUUUUUUUUUUAGUAAGCAUGUACUAG